AUGGCGUCCCUACCCCAGGAUCCUGCGAACCCCGAGAAGAAGAAGAACCCCAGUGCUCUGCGGUCAAUUAUUGCGGGUUCAACUGCUGGAGCGAUUGAGAUUGCGAUUACCUAUCCUGCGGAAUUCGCCAAGACAAGGUCGCAGCUGAAUAGGCGGUUGGCAGAAGGGCAGAAACUACCUUGGCCACCCUUUGGCAAGCAAUGGUACGCAGGAUGUACGACGCUCAUUAUUGGCAACUCUGCCAAAGCUGGAAUUCGAUUCGUUGCAUUCGACCAGUACAAGAGGAUGCUCGCCGACGAGGAUGGCAAGCUUAGUGGCCCCCGAACGGUUCUCGCUGGUUUUGGAGCCGGUGUCACGGAGUCAUUACUUGCUGUGACACCGACAGAAAGCAUCAAAACGACACUUAUCGAUGACAGAAAGUCCGCCAACCCACGUAUGCGAGGCUUCCUCCACGCCGUCCCCAUCAUCGCUCGCGAACGUGGUAUCCGCGGCUUCUUCCAGGGCUUCGUGCCCACGACGGCUCGCCAGGCUGCCAACAGCGCCACCCGCUUCGGCUCCUACACUUUCCUCAAGCAAAUGGCCGAAUCGUACACUGCCCCUGGAGAGAAGCUUGGUGCUGUCGGCACGUUUGCCAUGGGUGGUCUCGCUGGCCUGAUCACCGUCUUUGUCACACAGCCGCUCGAUACCAUCAAAACGCGUAUGCAGAGUAUCGAGGCUCGUCAGCAGUACGGAAAUACUUUCCGCUGCGCCUCCAUGAUAUUCAAGCAGGAGGGUGUUUUAACCUUUUGGAGCGGCGCGUUGCCUAGGUUGGCCAGAUUGGUGCUGAGUGGUGGUAUUGUGUUUACCAUGUAUGAAAAGACCAUGGAUUUGUUCAACAGGCUGGACCCGGAAAUGAAGUACAUCUAG